GUGAUAAUGAGAUCAACAGGGAUUGAUGACAUCACUGGCCACCAGGAUCAAGUCAAGCCAUAAAAAAGAUUAGGCAAGCAAUGAAGAGGAGAGGAGAAAGGAAAGAAGUUAGUAGUGUGUGGAGACGUGCUGAUGAUAUCCUAGGAGACAGAGGGAUUUCUUCAACUGCUGAGAGUCUGCAGUCUGCACUGCUUAACAGCUGAGAUGGCUCGGGACAUGUCAGAAAAGGACAUCUUGAAAAUGGAGCUGGAGCAGCUACAAAUAGAAGUUAACACCCCUCGGACAGUAAUGUCUAAAACUGCCCCUGAGAUUGUCUCCUUCAUCGAGUCCCAGUCUGCUGAAGACCCUUUAAUCAAGGGAGUUCCUGAAGACAAGAAUCCCUUUAAGGAGAAAGGAGGUUGUGUUAUUACAUAAUACAUCAUAAAGCCUUCAUAAUGAUAAUUAAAGGCUUUCUGAAGGGGUUAAUGUUUUUUUUUUUUUUUUUUACAUCUGGUACAUUCGCUAGAUAAUAACUGAUCAAAGAAAAAAAAAAUCAUUUUAUUUAAUCAGCUUCUCAUUAGGUUUAUGAGGUUUACUAAAAGCACAGUACACUCCUUCAACUCCUAUUACCCUUUAUGGAUCGUUUGUUUUUUCAUGUUAAAAUAUUGAUUUAUAUGGUAUUUUUUAGAGUGGACAAAUUUUAAA